CCGGGCGCGGGGAGGGGCGCCGCCGCCGGCAGCCCGGGCGCUCCCGCUCCGCGGCCAGCGGCGGCCCGGGAGGGAGCAGGUCUGUGAUGAUGGAAGAAAGGCUCCAUCAUCAAGAAGCCUGAACUGUGAUACCAGGACAGCUUUUUGACACUGGCAGUUACUAGCCUGAGAUACAGGAGACAACAAACAUGCUGAAGCCAAGUGGACUUAAAAUCCCCGGCAGGGCAGGGAAGCACUCCAGCCCAGUGGGACGGGCGUCGGGGACAGCUGCAGCUACAGUCACCACUGGUUCAAAAGAAGGCUCACCUUUACACAAGCAGGGUACCACCUCCACCGCCAGCGCCGAGAAGUCGGGGUCAAAGGUUGCCGAGGUGGGCGAUGAUUUCCUGGGAGACUUUGUGGUGGGCGAACGUGUCUGGGUAAAUGGAGUGAAGCCAGGUGUGAUCCAGUAUCUUGGGGAGACGCAGUUUGCUCCAGGCCAGUGGGCAGGGGUCGUUCUGGAUGACCCGGUGGGUAAGAAUGACGGCUCCGUUGGUGGAGUACGUUACUUUGAAUGCCAGCCGCUGCAGGGGAUUUUUACGCGACCUUCCAAGCUGACACGGCAACCGGUGGCCGAGGGCUCGGGGAGCGACGCCCACUCCGUGGACUCCCUCACGGCUCAGAACUUGUCGCUGCACUCGGGGACGGCCACGCCACCUCUCUCCACUCGCGUCAUCCCCCUGCGAGAGAGCGUCUUGAACAGCGCCAUGAAGACCGGCAACGAGUCUGGAUCUAACCUAUCGGACAGUGGGUCUGUGAAAAAAGGGGAGAAGGACUUACGGCUUGGAGAUCGUGUACUGGUUGGUGGGACAAAGACAGGUGUCGUGCGCUACGUGGGAGAGACGGAUUUUGCCAAAGGAGAGUGGUGUGGUGUGGAACUGGACGAGCCCCUGGGGAAGAACGACGGGGCUGUUGCUGGUACAAGGUAUUUUCAGUGCCCCCCCAAGUUUGGCCUCUUUGCUCCCAUCCACAAGGUGAUCCGGAUUGGGUUCCCAUCAACCAGCCCUGCCAAGGCGAAGAAGAGCAAACGCAUGGCCAUGGGAGUGUCCGCCUUAACCCACAGCCCCAGCAGCUCCUCCAUUAGCUCCGUCAGCUCGGUGGCAUCGUCCGUUGGGGGCAGGCCUAGCCGCAGCGGGCUGCUGACAGAGACCUCUUCUCGUUAUGCCCGAAAAAUCUCCGGCACCACGGCUCUCCAGGAGGCACUGAAGGAGAAGCAGCAGCACAUCGAACAGCUGCUGGCAGAGCGUGACCUGGAGCGGGCUGAGGUUGCAAAAGCCACCAGCCACAUCUGUGAGGUGGAAAAAGAGAUUGCCAUCAUGAAGGCCCAACACGAGCAGUACGUCACAGAGGCAGAGGGAAACCUCCAGCGUGCACGUGCCCUGGUGGAUGGGAUGCAAAAGGAGAAAAUAGAGCUAUUGAACCAACUGGAAGAGGAGAAGAGGAAAGUGGAGGACCUGCAGUUCCGUGUCGAGGAAGAAUCCAUUACGAAGGGAGAUCUGGAGUUAACCACAGUAGCAGAGAAGUCUAGAAUCCUGCAGCUGGAGGAGGAACUGAGCCUCAGGCGCAGUGAGGUGGAUGAGCUCCGGCAGUGCCUGAGAAGCUCUCACCAAGCAGAGACCCCUGAGCAUAACCUUGGCUUGCAGUCAGAGGCCCUUCGUCUACGAGAUCAACUGCUGUCUGCCAACAAGGAGCAUCAGAAGGAGAGCAGCCAGCUGAAGGAGAAGUACGAGAAGACAUUGAAGAAAUACCAGCAGGAGAUGGAGAAGCUAAAAGCCACCAAUGAGAAAUAUUCACAGGAAAUAGUUGACCUCAAGCAUAAGGUUCAGCAGGCCACUAAUGAGAACAUGGGGCUCAUGGAUAACUGGAAGUCCAAGCUGGACACGCUAGCUUCUGACCACCAGAAGUCUUUGGAGGACCUCAAAGCCACAUUGAACACAGGACCUGACACCCAGCACAAAGAGAUUGUGGAACUAAAAGCAGUAGUGGAGAGUAUAAAGAUGGAGCACCAGCUUGAGAUGGAGAACCUGAAAGCGAAGCAUGACAUUGAGAUGGCCGUUCACGUAAAGGAGAAAGAGAGCCUGAAACUGAAGCUGCAGGAGGCUGUGGAUGAAUUGGAAAAAAGUAACAGCAACUGGAAAAUGCAACUGGAAACCAAAAGCAGUCAACACCUUCUGGAACUCCAGGAUGUGAAGGACAAGUGUCGAGAUGCUGAGCUGAGGAUGCAUGAACUGGAGAAACUUCAUAGUGAAUAUAAAGAUCAAACACAAGCAAUAGCUUUCUUGAAAGAGCAGAUUUCUUUGGCUGAGAAGAAAAUGUUGGACUAUGAAACACUACAGAAAACAGAAGCCCAGAGCAAACAGGAGAUCCACAGAUUACAGGAAAAAGUGCUUGUCUUAGAGAACAAACUACAGUCCAUGGAGGCCCUGCAUCCUUCUCAGCAUGCAAAUAUGAUUGAAACUAAUAAUAUUUCAGAAGAAAAGAUAAAGAUGAAGCAGAGUAUGGAAGAUCUUCAAGACAAGCUGAGUAAAAGAGACAAAGAAGUGUCGUCACUGGUCUCCCAGACUGAAGCUCUAAGGGCCCAAGUAAGUGCUUUGGAAAAUAAAUGCAAAAGUGCAGAGAAGAAGGCAGAUAUGGUGUUAAAGGAAAAGAAGAGGCUGGAGGGUGACCUGGAAGCCUUGACCAGGAAAACACACGAUGCCUCAGGGCAGCUGGUGCUGAUCAGCCAGGAGCUGCUCAAGAAGGAGAGGAGCCUGAAUGAGCUGAGAGCGUUGUUGCUGGAGGCAAACCGGCACUCUCCAGGGCCGGAGCGGGACCUGAGCCGGGAGGUGCACAAAGCUGAGUGGCGCAUGAAGGAGCAGAAGCUCAAAGAUGACAUCAAAGGGCUGCGGGAGAAACUGGUUGUGCUGGACAAGGAAAAAUCGGUAACGGAUCAGAGACGAUACUCCCUGAUCGACCCCUCGUCAGAGUCGGAAGUGAUCCGGCUGCAGCACCGGCUCGUCAGCACAGAGGAUGUCCUGCGCAACGCACUGGAGCAGGGCCAUCAGAUGGAGAAGCUCAUGGAGGCCAUGAGGCUUUCCUCGGAGAAAACACAGACUGUUGGAAAUUCCGGGUCUGCUAAUGGGAUUCACCAGCAGGAUAAAUCCCACAAGCAAGAGGAGAAGCUCUGAUAGAGAAGAGGUGAAGAGGAUCAUUUCACACCAGUAUCAGCUCCUGUGCGCAGUCAGGAAAAACGAUACCAUAUCUGGCUUUAGCACCUCCUAAAGACUAGACACAGUAUUUUCACUUUAAAGCAGGACAAUGUUUAUAAUGUACUAACUGAUGUAAUCAGGACAAUCCUGGAAUCCAGUUUUCCAAGACAGCCAUUGUUUUGGGAGGAGCAGAAAGAUCUCUCUGGGUUUGGUUUCUUACCUGUAUUGAUUUUGACUGUGGAAUUUGUAUUGCUUGAUCUGCCCUUUUCCCACCAGCUGACAUGGUCUGGAUGACAGCAGCUUUGUGUGGUGGCUGAAAUGUCAGUGAGUCCUAGUAACCCCACAGGAACGGCAAAGGGAUUUGCUUGUGGGGUUAAACUCCAAAGCAUGUGCCCAGGGGCUGCACGAUUUUCGCAAAGUCUGUCCCUCCCCUUCUACCCACCCCAGUGUCUUGAAGAACUGCAAGAGCAAGUGAAAUCUGCUGGCCUUGACUGUUCAUGGUGGUAUAUGUAGGCUAUGGAAGACAGGAUUGUGGGGAAAUGUUCUCCUCUGUGCCUGUGUAGAAGAUGUCUCAGUUCUAGAACCUGGAGGCUUCACUUAGUACUUGUAUAAUAGCAUGUUGUGGUAUCUAAUCUGAUUUCAAAGCGAUAUUUAUUUCAUUUAUCUCCCUCACUGCUGUUUGGGGAGGGAUCUGUGGUGGCUGUGAGAUCGGAGGGCAGGAGCACCUCACUCGGCUGUGGUUGGCCUUCCUGCCUGCAGAGAAGAUUGUGACUGCUGAGCAGAUCUGCUGGUGCCCUGGGCUGCGGCCAGGCUGCCCAGCCUGAUCUCCCUGUCUCGCGCUCGUAGUUAGGCUCUUUCCGAGUGUCAGGCUCAGCGCAGCCAGCUGGGCCCGGGCUCGGUGGCCUCAGAGCUCCCUGCUGCCCCGAGUCGGGGUAGGACGGAUGCCUCCUCCUGCCUGCUCGAUUUGACAGCUCGCCUGGGACUGCCUGGCCGUUCCCUGGAGCUGUCCUCGGCCGCUCGGUGUAACGCGCCUCCCCUGCUGUCGGGGGUGGAUGAGGCCAACGUGCAGCUGCACCGGCGCGUUCGUGCGCUGGUGGUUUGUCCCUGUGACUGGGGGACGCUGGAGGAAAGGGCCUUGCCUAGGACGGGAGCUCGCCAGCUGUAGCCAGCCAGGCACGGGAGGCUGUCGGUAUUUGUUGACUACAAAAAUCCUCUGUGCUUGACACAAAUACAGGCUUUUGGAGGAAAAGGAGCCCAAGGCUGGGGCCUGCGAGGCUCCAGGUCUAUGCAGAGCGGUGCAGGCCCAGGCAGGCACCGCGAUCUGCCCGGGGGACCUGUGGUGGGCGAGUGCGCGGUGCGGCGGGUGCUUUUUUUCUCGUGGCCGCUCGGUGGCUGCCAGCUGGCCUUGCAAAGGAAGCACAAGGCUUCUUCGGUCUUGCUUCUUUUUCUGAAGGCUUUACUCUUCCCUCCGUCUUUGCACCAUGAUUCCCCAGGGACGUUAGGAUGGAGUAAGGGGAGAAUAUACACUUAAAGGCAUGAGGCAGCAUCCCAUGCAAGAGUCCAGUUCACUGUUCAGUACCACAGGGCAGAGCAGUAGCGAAGUUUUACCAAGCUUCCCCUAGUGUCACUCUUCCAUCCUUCGGGAGCUGUUAGGGUGGGGCAUCUGUAAAAGAGGACAAGGUAGAAGAGGCUGCUCAGAGAGAUCCGAGCCAGACCGCAGGCGGAUGAGUAUCAGCCCGUCAGCUUCAUUGCUUCUUGCCCUGAUUAUUAUUAUUUUUAAUAAUGAAGCUGUAUUACUUUUUCUUACUGGAUUACUAGGAUUUUAAUUGAUUAGCAGCCAGAAACAAGCUUGGAAACCUUGUUUUUCAUGGCUUUAAUUCUGCUAUGAGGAGGAUGUUGCUGAAUCUUUCUGGACUGUGAUAAAAUAUUGGACCCUGCCCACUUGAUACAGGAUUGAUCCUCUAUCGUCCUCCCUCAAUUCAAAGAGACGACGAGAGAGGGAGGGAGGUGACUUGAGAGCAUAAAGCAGGUCAAGAAACAUAGCUUAAGUCUGGCUCGUUGCAGGGAAAAGGGAGUAGGGAAGCUAAUUGGCUGGAGAUAAUUCAGAUGGGACCCCAUCCUGUCUUGUGGAAGUGUUUAAUCAGCUCUUACUAAUCACCAGGAAGACUGACACCAAUCACUGGCUAGUGCAAGGACUUUCAAGAGAUCAUAGGAGAGGACUCCAAAAGUCUUUUGGUGAGUGAGGGAGGGAGCCGAAUACGCUUGGGAAAACCUGGGAAGCAGCAUUCAUUGCCACAGCUGGAACCACGAGCAUCUCAGCUGGGAGCUGCUGUUCUGAAGCAGCUGGAGACGAUGUUCCCCUAAGUGCUGCUGUUGGCCUGAAUGGUCCCGGAGAUCAGUGCUCCACUGGCUUGAGUGGCCCCAGAGUCGGGAUAAGGCUUCUUGCAGUGCUACCUGCCUCCAGUUCCAGGGUUUCCGCAGGGUUUUUCUGUAAGCGUAGGGUUCCCGGGGUACCUGCUCCUCUGCAGGGCUGCCAGGGCCCGUCCUAGGUUGCGAGAGACCAAACAAGGGAGAAAUCUGGAAAGGGACAAGGAGAUUCCCCAGCCCUGCUAUUUAUUUGUAAGUUUAAUUGCUAUUUUUGCCUAUAUAUGGUGAUGUAUAAAGUACUUCACAGUAUUUGAUCUAACUGGCUUCAUUCUUUGGGGGAGUUUUUUUUUUUUUUUCCUUUUUUUUCCCCCAAGGGCAUUAAACACUGAUGCACCCGUCUCUUGUCAGCCAGGGACUGGUUCCUGCGUGCCUUUACUCCCCCUUCAGCUUCGGUCUUGCUCUUGUCCAGCUCUCCCGGGAGCCGCGCCGGGGCCCUCGCCACCGUGCCGUGCUGUGCCGCGCCGCGCCAGCUUUGCACCUCGAGCCGAGUCCAGAGCACGGCGCGGGGCUGGGGCGCGAUCGGGGCAGGGCACUGCGCGGGGUUUGCGCCGGGCCGCCCGCCCGGUUGGACGCCGCAGCCCGCCCUCCCCGCUCCUCGGGAGGGGAGGCGCUGGCACAGCGGCGCUGGACUUGCUCUUACGUGCUUUACGUCGAUGGCUGGUGACGGUUUUCUGCUGAAGGCUGAGAAUAAAGUCCCCGUGCUGGGUAACAAACCUUCCUGCUCCGUUUUAGUGAUUUAUUCUCUUAACCCUCUUGGCUAAAGGGGAGGGCAAAAAAAAAUAGUCAGCUUUAUCCCCCCUGGAGCAAGGGGCCGGACCGCGCUCAUUGAGCCACGGGCGCUAAGUUGCUAGCGAAGGCUUUGCAGCCACCACCUACCCGCGGCCGCCACCGCUUCCUCUGGCUUUCAGCAGAGAUGCAUGAGGGUUUCAUUAAAACAAAACGAUGCAAAUGACACUGCAGAAGUCUUAAAGAUUCCCGUGCUCCGUCGUUCGGCAGCUUUAGCAGUUCAACACUAUCUUGUAGGGAAUUAUUAAUACACUAAGAUCCUAUAGGCCUCAUGUAAGCUACCAGAAUAAAGAUGAUACUAGAUGUAUAAAUGGAUGAUAACCUUUUACCCGUACCGUAUGUAUUACAAUUUUGUAGCUUAGUCAUUUUUUGGCUAUCAGAUUUUGUUAGUAUGAUAAAAGAAAAAAAACAAAAAAAUGGUUUGACUGCUAAUGUCUGUUUUGUUACUUGAUUCACUUUAUUUCUUCCUGUGUACAAAAGCUGUACAAACCUCACUGUGUGUAACUCCUGCAGCUCUGUAACGAUGUACCUGCCCCGGCCCCCUGUCCUGGCUUGCUGGUGUGGUGAGCUCGUAACCCGACAAUAAACUCUGUGGCUGAA